CAGAGGGAGAAAAAUCACAUCGUAAAUGUCUUAUGUAUCGUAUCAAAACGCAGCAUAGUAUCCCGCCGUCCCCUGCUCUGUUCUACUACUGCUAGCUAAAGUUCUCUUAGCUCGCCGCUGUACUGUGGGUCGGUUGAAGGGCUUCGGAGCAGGAACAUAGAAACCAGACUCUCACAAUGGCAGCAAUUCUACUUCGUUCCCUUUUGACCAAGAAGGUGUCCCUCCAGCUGGGUCGCUGUUACUCCUCCUCCUCAGUGCCCACAACCAAGCUGUUCAUUGAUGGCAAGUUCGUCGACUCCAACACCUCUGAAUGGCUUGACAUCCACAACCCUGCUACUAACGAGGUGGUGGGGCGAGUUCCCAAAGCUACACAGGAGGAGAUGCUUGCAGCAGUGGACUCCUGCUCCAGAUCCUUCCAGUCCUGGUCUGAGACCUCCAUCCUAAGCAGGCAGCAGGUCUUCUUGCGCUACCAGCAGCUCAUCAAGGACAACAUUAAAGAGCUGGCUAAAGUGAUCACCUUGGAGCAGGGCAAAACCCUCGCUGAUGCAGAGGGAGACGUAUUCAGAGGACUCGUAAAGGUGGUUGAACACGCCUGCAGCAUUACCUCCCUCAUGCUGGGGGAGACCUUACCUUCCAUCACCAAGGACAUGGACACCUACACCUACCGUCUGCCCAUCGGCGUGUGCGCAGGCAUCGCCCCUUUUAACUUCCCUGCCAUGAUCCCCCUGUGGAUGUUCCCAAUCGGCAUGGUAUGUGGCAACACCUACCUGAUGAAGCCCUCUGAACGGGUCCCUGGAUGCACCAUGCUCCUCGCCAAAAUGCUCCAGGACGCCGGGGCACCAGAUGGUACGCUCAACAUCAUCCACGGCCAGCACGCAGCGGUGAACUUCAUCUGUGACCAUCCAGCUAUCAAAGCAAUCAGCUUUGUGGGCUCCAACCCCGCAGGAGAGCACAUCUACGAGCGAGGAUCCAAGAACGGCAAGAGAGUCCAGUCUAACAUGGGUGCCAAGAACCAUGGUGUGGUGAUGCCUGAUGCCAAUAAAGAGAACACCCUCAACCAGUUGGUUGGUGCUGCAUUCGGAGCAGCUGGCCAGCGCUGCAUGGCUCUCUCCACGGCUAUUUUUGUAGGAGAGUCUCGUGAGUGGCUCCCAGAGCUGGUGGAGCGCUCCAAAUCACUACGUGUAAACGCAGGUGAUCAGCCUGGGGCAGAUGUAGGGCCCCUGAUCUCUCCUGAAGCUAAGGCCAGGGUGGAACAUUUGAUUCAGAGUGGGGUGGAUGAAGGUGCCAAACUGUUGCUGGAUGGGAGAAAUGUUGCUGUAAAAGGAUAUGAAAAUGGAAACUUUGUAGGACCCACCAUCCUCAGCAAUGUAAAGGCUGACAUGAAGUGUUAUAAAGAGGAGAUCUUCGGUCCAGUGCUCGUUGUCCUGGAGGCAGACGAUCUGGAUGAAGCCAUUUCUUUAAUCAACAAAAAUCAGUACGGUAACGGCACCGCCAUCUUCACCAACAACGGAGCCACAGCACGCAAAUACACACAUGAGGUGGACGUCGGCCAGAUUGGCGUGAACGUCCCCAUCCCUGUCCCCCUACCCAUGUUCUCCUUCACCGGCUCCAGAGGCUCAUUCAGAGGAGACACCAACUUCUACGGCAAGCAGGGCAUCCAGUUCUACACACAGAUCAAGACUGUGACUUCACAGUGGAAGGCUGAGGACGCCACUGUGACCAGCCCGGCUGUUACCAUGCCAACAAUGGGACGCUAAGCUAAAUUGACAGCACAUGUAGCAUAACCAUCCCUGACUUCCCAUUUGCCUUAAGAAGAUGCCCACGGAGGUGAUGGGGAGGUUUAUGUCCUUUUUAACUAGGGAUUAUUACUUUGUGACAUAUCAGACAAUGUUCUUCUACAAACACAUAAAUGCAAUUCUAACCUCAUUUGGAGACAAAAUGGACUUUGUGCUGUCAGGCUUUUUAUGGGUUUGUUGUCUCUUUCUAUUCUGUUCUCACUGGGGGGAACAGAUAUUUAAUCCUGGUCAGUCAUUUUCUUUCUCUGUGGGGUAUUCUGGUGUCAAAAUCUUUCAAAAACCUACAGUAGAAAUUACAUUUAGGGACUCUGCCUUUAAAGCAGCCACAGUAAAUGUCUUCCACUUUUAUCCGCCUUGGCUCUUUCGAUUUUAUUUUUCAUCAGAGCUUUGUGUAGACACUCCAAGUAUAAACUGUAUAAUUGGAACAAAUGCUACUCUAGAACAAGGAGACGCCCGUUCUGUUACUCCAUUGAAAUGUUUGUUGUCCUCUGUAUGGAUACUCAACUGUGUGUGUGUUAGAUAGAGAUUCAGUUUUGUCCUGUAUUGAGAGAGUGAUGCUUUUUAGUAUCCAUGAAUGGCAUGGAAGUUGAAUUGCAGUGUUUGAAAUGACAUGGACUUGACAGUGGAUGUUCUUUACAAGCCAUUAUAAAGAAACUGUGACAAUAUGUGCUCGACAUCUUUUCAAUUUAUGUUUUUGAGCUACUUCAAACUCGGUUCCCUCCUUCACUCCUCCGUUCAGUCUUGUGACUGAAGAGAGGAACAAUAACAAGAGUGUUUCAGUCUGUGGUUCACUGAAUAAACACACUGUAAUUUGUCUCAAUUGA